GCUUCGUUGCGCCCUUGGAUCGCUUGUGCGCCGCUGUCAUGGCAACGCAAAGCCUUCGGACACCUGGAGGAGUGCCGGCGAACCAGAACCGGCGGGCAGCGCGCUUUGCAACGUUACGGGUGGAACGCGACGAGAUUCUGACCCACAGCUGGACGGUGGUGGGUCAAGCGUUCGCCAACUUUUGCCGUUUGUCGCCUGAACUUUUGACCCAAGUCAACGAAGACCUUUUUUUCUACAUUUUGAAGAUGAAUACUGGGAAGAAAAACGCUGCCGCUGGUGCGAUCGCGGUCCACAUUAAAUCACAGAAGGAGGCCACAGAAGCUACAGAGACUGUGUUACUGCCAAGCACGAGGUCAAAGGGCAUCAGUGGAUGCUUCAGAGGAGACCACACUAAAGAUGGCUCAUCACGUAGACCAAAGGACCGGCUGCAUCACACCCUCCUCAGACAGCUGCAGGUAAAAAUGGAGGCUGAAAAUCAACAGGCAAAAAAAACAAUCCCACCUUUACUGGACACAGGUUUUAUGAAGGAAUUAGAGCUGUUUCUUAGCCAGUGGGAUGUAGCACAGCUGAGGAGGAAGGAGCUGCUGCACAAGCGCUGGACUGAGCGCGUGUGGCUGCCGCUGCAGAGGAGAGUGGAGGAACAUGUGUCCAGCUGUGGCCCGGUGGAGGCCGAGAGGCGCCAGAGCUUAUACAGUCAGUACAUCGGUCACUGCAACUCCAAGGGCUUUGUGUUUCUAGACACCUACGAUCCAGCGGAGUAUAAUCCUUUUCUCCUCUGUAAGAUGCAUGAAAGGCACGAAGGACACAGAAUGUCUCUUUGUUGUAAAGCAGGACGUAAAUGCACAAGGAAACCCCAAAAGCCGUUACCUCAGAGCGGUCGUCCUCUUGUGAAGUCUGGGACGUCUCGGGCUAAAAGCCUACUGGCCUCAUAUUAUCCAGCAUCAAAACCUCCAGCUGAAGGAAAAGAGUCCAGCAGGCUCUGCACCAUCCCGUACCAUGUGCUGGCGACCGCUACAGCAGACGGACGGUGCCACAAACGCAGCUGCUGGUUCUCCAGAUGUGGUCCCCAGCAACCAGCACCAGGUUUACAGGAGCCUCAGUCCUUGUCGAUGUCCAAAUAAAAUCCAUCUGCACCAUAAAAGA